AUGGAAAUUGUCGGUGAAACAUCGUCUACUGCCGAUGUCGAAGAAGCUGUCGUGAAGGUUUUGCAAGGUUUUGACUGGGCCCUCGUGCCCCCUGUGGUGCCAAGACGGCCUUCUUUAGCAGCGCAGAAGAGAAGGUUGCACAUCAAGAGACCAAUGAAUGCCUUCAUGGUGUGGGCUCAAGCUGCUCGCCGGAAGUUGUCGGAUCACCACAAAAACCUCCACAACGCCGAGCUCUCCAAGACUCUCGGGAAGCUUUGGAAGAAAUUAAGCGACGAAGAGAAACGACCCUUCAUCGAAGAGGCCGAUCGACUUCGGAAUCUCCAUAAGAAAGAAUACCCAGAUUAUAAGUAUCAACCGCGGAGGAAACCGAAACCUGACAGCGAGAAACCUUCCAGCAGCAGUGGGAGCAUCGCGGCGGCUCAGAAGACGAGGAACAAGAUCAGUUUUGAGCUCGGCCCAGCAUUAGAGAAAUCAUACUCGACUCCAGGAACGACUAUAGCUGAUUGUGGAGACAAAAGACAUACUCAAGAUGGAGUCCCUUACCCGAGCCCUUACUCGCUUCCCCCUGCUGCUCCCCAGCUGAGCACCCAAACUUCCCCGAGUUCGUCAUCGAUAUCAUCAAACUUCAUUGGCUCCCACAGUUCACUGAGAGAUGGUAUCGCGAACGACUGUCCCGUCGAAAGAACAGAUUCUUAUGAUUCUUUCCAAGUUCAGAGAACGCAGCAGCCUCUCCCAAGGUACGGAGCAGAUUCCCAUUUGAAUGGGCUAGCUCAACAGCCUCUGAAUCAAAUAUUCUAUCCAGGCUCAUGUCAGCCCUACUAUUACCGUCAGGAAUAUUACACAGCACCUCUGGCGCAUCAUCCAUCAUCAUUGAGUCCACCGACUCCUGACUUCAACUACAAUCAACAUCCUGGUUCAAUGUGA